GUUAAAUUUGUUGAACAUGGUUAUGAAUGUAUUAAGUUAUGUAAUUAAAAAACAAAAUCAAUUAAUUACAAACAUAAAUACAUUUGCAAAAAACAAGAAUCCCAUACUAGAUUUAUUUUAUAGAGUAUUACAAAUUUUUAUUAGAAAAUUAAAACAGUUUCAAAUUUUUUAUUUACCACAACUGGAUUGGUAACUUUUUUUUACAUUAAACUUCAAUAAAAUGUUCGAUUUUCAUUGAUUAUUUAUUUUAUUUUAUGUUAUUAUUUUAGGAGUAGUCUUUCUCAAGAUGAAGGAAAAGAAAACAUGAUGUCCAUUAUAAAAGGUAUAAAAUAUUAAAUUAAUUAACUACAGGAUGUAACAUGACUAUUUAACAAAUGUAAUAAGUAUUUUUUAGUAAUAAUUACUUAAGCUAUAAUUUUAUUAUUUACAAUUAAAAAUAAAAACAUUAAAAAGACACUAGGAAAGUAGAAUAUGAAAAAGAAGUUUAAGCAAAGUUCUGGUUUUCCUAUUUUUUGGGGGGUUUUCCUGAUUAUGAAAACCACCUGAAAAAUCAAACAAUUACCAUUUUUCAGUACCAACUAGAUAAAAUUUCCUUCCAGAGAAGGUAUUACAUUUGAUACAUCGGAGAAAUAUUUCUGAUAGAAAAGUUGUUCAAAGAAAAACAAAAAAAUAAAUAUUGUAAAACCAUUACAUGCUAUGCUUAAAAUUUAAAAUUUAGAUAUUUUUUAUAAUUGUUUAUAAUUGUUGAUAUUUAAAACUGUCAACUAGAUUAAACUAUUAAUUUUUAAACAAUUCUCAAAGUUUGAUAAAAUUUAAAAUUUAUUUUUUGCUAAUUUUACUUAUGGACAACUAUAUUUGAUCAAGGAUAAAUGAUAAGUGUUUAUCAGACACACUCACAUUCUUAGAGUAUUUGGGUUAGCAAAUGUAAAAACAAGUGUUUAACUUAGAUUAUUUAUACUUAUAAUUAAAUAUAUUGUGUUAGAUGGUUGCAAAAUUCCAUACAGAAUUCACUAUCAAUAUGCUGGUAGCAAAUAAUUUUUUGUUUAUUGUUCAGUGAUAUUACUUGUCCAGUUAUACAUGUUUUGAAUUUCUGUCAAAAUUUCAAGUGUCUAUGAAUAUUUUUAAAUUUGCCUGGUCUUUCUAUAUUUUUUUCUGGUUUCCCCAUUUUUUUGACAACUGCUUGAAAGUUAAUAAAUAAUUUCCUCAGCAACUAAAUCCAAAAUUCAACAAAAAAUGUCUUGUUAUAUUUUGAUUAAAGCAAUAUUUAAGGUAUACAAGUUGCUCAUAGACACAAUAAUAAAAAUUUAUAGUAAAAUCAAUAGAUCCCAGAAUAUGCUUAAAGUCUAAAAUGUUGAACAAAACAAAAUUAGUUUAAUUUUUUUUAAUUUGUCAUAUUUUCUUUGUGAGGACAAUAUGUUUAUUUAUAAUCAUGUAAACCUGUAUUUUAGUAAUGUUUACAUUUUUAUUUUGUUCACAAUUUUAGUUAAAAAUAGUUGAGAUUCACAUUUGUAUAUUUAAUUUAUAUUUUAGAAUACCAAUCUGAUAGAAAUCAGGAGUUUAUGUAUGGUUAUCAUUCAUCACAAAUACAAGUUUAUACUGUAUAUGACAGCAAGCGAUUUAUCAAGAUUGUUAUUCCAGCAAUAAGAACAAUUUUCCAAUUUAUUGUAAUGGUUUUAUUUUGCAUACAUAAAAUAUCAAAAUAAAUAAAAAUAAAAUAAGAUUUAAAUUUUUAGGUCAAGAUUGAAGGAACUAGAUUUACAAUUGAGCUAUUUUUUAAUAAACUAUUAAACAAAUUUUUGAAACAUUCAUUGUUAUCAUUAAAACUUUGUAAUUGCCCUAAUCAAAAAAAAGAUAUGGUCAAAGAAAUACUCACUGCAGUAAGUUAUCUCUUAAUUUUUAUAGUAUUAUGAAAUCUCCAUUGGCAGACAUUGAAGAAAUUUUAACAUCUAAAAGUUCCUUUUAUAGAAAUGCCACUGUUAUAUCUUAAGUUAUAAUUAUAUUUAUUAUCUAAUAUCUUUGUUUUGUAGCAAUGUUUUAUUUGUAUUGUACAUAUAUUUUCAGCUAUCCUGUGUUAAUCCCAUCCACUUAAAAAUAUGCAUUACUACAAAAUAUGAUAUUAUUAAACUGAUUUAUGCUGAAAGCCUAGAAACAUUAAUUUUUGAUAUGGCUCUGAAUGAUGAAGUUUUAGUUUUAACCUUUAGUAGCCUAAUGUUUGAAUUUAUUUUAAACAACUUGGUUAAUGAAAUUGAACAAAAAUGCAUUGUUGAUUUGGUUCAUAGGCUUCAGUUAAAUUUUAAACUCAGUACAAGUGAUGAAAUUGCUAAUGAAUAUAUUUACAAAAUUAUAAAAACGUAAUUUAUUUAUUAAAUAUUUAAUUUAAUAACUGUUUAAAACAAAUUAUUUAUUUUUAAUAUUUGAAAAUUGUUUUUAUAAUUAAAAUAUAAAUUAUUUAUGUUAGGUUAAUGAAUAAUUUACAAAAUACAAAUCAUGUUAUGUUCAAUAUUGAAGUAUUAAAAACAAUAUUUGCUAUUGUUGAAUCUGCUCAUUAUGAACUCGGAGAAAAUAUGAAUUCAUUAUUAAAACAUUUGUUUACUGGUAAUAUUUUGUUUAUUUUUAUUUUAUUAUUCAUUUACAUUUUUGGUAUGUGAAUGGUUAAAUGAUCAAUUACGUUAAUUUAAUUAUUCUUGAUAAUAAAUGAUUUGUUUUAUUAAUAGGUACUUUUUUUUUUUAUUACAGAUUUACUUUCAUACCAAAUUAGUUUACCAAAUUCCUUGGGUUUAACUAAAAUUGCACUUUCAGAGCUUUGUUUAGCUGAAUGUAUGUUAAAAGUGGUUCCUCCUACUCAAAUAAUAGAUUUAUUUCCCAUAAUAGCAUAUUCACUUCAAAUAGAAAAAUUAAUUUCUCAGGUAUAUAAAUAUAUUUAAUUUAUGUUAUUCUUAAACAAAUUAUUUGUUUGUAUUAUUUAACCUAGUAAUUGAAUUUCAACAUCCUAUUUAUUAAUGUUAAUUUAUUUUUAUUUUUAAGGGACUUUUUAUCUUAAAAAAAUGUGUAGCUAUACUGCCUGGCAAUUUUUUCAAUGAUCUUGAUCUUAAUAUUCGAAAUGAAAUUCUAAUGGGAUUGUAUUAUUGUUUGAAUAACCCAUCAGAAUCUAUAUCUCAACCUGUUGUGAGGUGAACUACUUUAAUCUAUUUUAUUGUUUUUACAAAAUUACUAUUAAUGUUUAUUUGUUAAAGUUUACUUGGCAAAUUUGGAGGGCUCAACCGAAGUUUACUUAAACCUUAUCAACUUGAUUUAAAAACCAAGUAUCAUCAAAAUGAAAAGAAACCUAAAAUAUUGAUAUCAUUUGAACAUUUCGAACAUAAUUUAAUAGAAUUAGAUAUUGAACCAGUAAGUAAUUAUAUAUAUGACUAGGAAAUAUAAACCUGAUAUGAAUAUUUAUCAUAGUAUAUAUAUAUAUAAUAAAACCUCAUUAAGAUGUUGAGUGAGAAAUGGGGUUACCGGUAACUUAAUCUUAAAUCCCUGUACUAGAUUUUACCUAAAUAUAGAAGCAUGGUCAUUAGUUUAUCAUCCUUUAGACCAUCUUGUUUAUCUUUAAUUUUAGCCCAUUUGAUAUUUUUUUCAAGAUUCAAGAUGGUCGUAGGUAGAUUUGUAGCUUGGAUUCAAAAUGUGUGGAUUUUCAAAUAAACUUUGUUGAAACAGUUUUUAUUCACUUUGAAAUUUAUCUCAUCCCACAUGAUUGAAACAUAGUAAAUGACAUUUAAAAAAUUGAUUUUGGAAAUUUCUUUGUUGAUUCCAUUUCCUGUAAAUACCAUUGUACCAAUUAAGCGAGAACAUAUUAAUGUGGUUUUACUGUAUAUAUAUAUAUAUUUAAAUAUUUCAAAAAUUAAGUAAUUAGUCUUAUUAAAAAGGUAUAUCAUAAUAUAUUCAAUUUAAAGUAUUGAACAUAUUUUGUUUUUCUAUUUUUCUAAGUAUUAAAUAGGAAAAUAAUAAAAACAAAAAAAUGUAUUAUUUUAAAAUUAUAUUUGGUUUUUUUUUAGUUAUCUAUACUAUUCAUAUACAGGGCUCUGACUUUUAGCACUUAAAAUCCAUAAAAAAAGCCAUGAAAAAAAUAUUUUAAAACUUCUUAUAUCUUAUAUAAAAUAAAAAUUUUUAAUACUAUAAAAUUCCUUAUUUUGAAUUGUUUUUUAAGGAUCUUUUUGGCAUUUUUAAGUGCUUGUUUGUUGAUUAUAAGUGCUUAAGGUUCCGAGCCUUAUUUAUAAGUAUAUGAUUCAAGAAGAAGAAAAAUCACAAUCAUUAAGCAUAGUCAUUAAUCUGCAUUGAUUAGUGAUAUUGGAUAAAAAAUUUAGCCUAAAAUAUAUAUGUGUAUAUUAAUAAUGUAAUUUAUUAAAUUGUUUAAUAUAUUUGUUCUGCUGGUUUUAAUAAUUUAUACAUUUUAUUUAAUAAACUAUGUAUAAUUUUUAAUUUUUUAUAGAGCAUUAAUACUGCAGUUGAAAUAUUAAUGUCAAAUUUUGAUCGAUUCAAUAGAGUACAUAGUUGGAAUGUCAUAAAAGGGUUUUUAGUAGUAUCAUUGGAUUGUGAUACUAGUGGAAUUACAAAUAUAUUAUCAAAUGUCAAGUAUGAAAAUUAAGUGUAAAAUGUAUAUAUCUAAUUAGCAUUGUUUCUGAAAUAUUAGGUUAAAUAUUUGUAUGAAUAUCACAUAAAACAAAUUUUAAUUUUAAUAUUUGAUUCACAAAAGAUUAUUAAGCAGAUUAUUAGUGAUUACUGUUAAUGUAUAUGUAGAAAUGUUCCAUAUAAUUUAAUAAUAUGAUUCAUUUAAUACUAAACAUACAUUUAUUUCAGAAAGUAUUAAUUUUUGGAAAAUUUAUAUUUACUAUGUAUUAGAAUACAUGGUAUUUUAACACUAUAAUCCAGUGUUUAUACAAAUUUUUUCCUGCAAAAUGGUUCUGUUUGAAAAUCAAAUUUAGUACCAUAAAUUGUCAUUUCAAAUUAUAACAAAAACAAGGUGUCAUCAAUACAUAAUGAAUAAUUUGAUUUUUAUUUUCAGCUGGGAAACAUUCAUAGAUAUAUUUGAAAAUAAUUAUACACAUAAUGUUAAAACUAGUAUUGAUGAGACAUAUAUUAAGGCUUUAACUGGUAAUUAUAACAAUUUUUUUUUUUUUAUCAAGUAUAUUUGUAAUGUUUAUUUAAUAGGUUUAAUGAUAUGCUGUAAUGAUGAGUACUUAAAGACUGAUGCUUUACAGUAUUUUAAUGAGUUUACCAAACUUAUUGUUCAUAUUUCAAUAUGUCACUUCAGUAGUAUUCUAUAUGGGCGUUCUUCAAACAUCAACCCAUACACUUUGAUUGAUGCUAUUAUUAUAGUGUUAUCACAUGAAAAAGAAAUAAUUUCUAGUUUCGGUGCAUUAGCUACAGAAUUGGUCAUGAAAGAAUUAAAUAUUAUUUUAGGAUGUAAUGUAUGUACUAAUUAUUCUACAUUUAAAAUCCUAUUAUAAUUAUAGGAGAAUUUAAAAAAAAAAUUUUUUUCUUUAGAUGGUUUAUUUUCCUUUAAUUACUUACAUGAUAAGACAAUGUUGUGAACUUUGUUAUGAUACAAAUUGGAUUCAUAAGCGUGGAGGUUGUUUUGGACUACAAAUUUUGUUUUCAAUUUUAUUAAAAGAAGACACUAUUACAGAAACAUUUUCCAAUUGGUUUAUUCAACAUUUUCUAUCUAUAUUUAAGGCUAUGGUGUUCAUAUUUUCUGAUUUAAAUGAACAAGUGUGUAUUAUGUUACAAAUAUAUAAUACAUGUUCUGAAUAAAUAAAUGUUUUAGCUGACAUUUGGUGCACUGGAAAUAGCUAAAAAUAAUUUGGACGUUAUGAUAAACUGGCUUUACUGGACUAACCCAAAUAAAUCAUCGCAUAAUUUAAUAAAAGAAACAAUUUUAAAGGAUAUUGCUGAUAACAUUAUUGGUCCAAAUGAUUUGCUGAGAGAAUUGGUAAAAAUUGAUGGAUUUUAUUAUUUAUUAUUAAACUGUAAAAUUAAUUAAUACAAAAAAUCACAGUUUAAAACAAUGGAAAUUUAAAAAUCAAUAUUUAUUAUGUGGGAAAUGUGUAGUUAUGUGGAAUGUAAGAAUUUAUUUUGAGAAAAGUGUAUGAAUAACUUAUUUAAUUUAUGUGUGCCAGAGAUCAAAAAUAAGAUAUUUUUAAGAUUAUAAGAUUUAUUAUUGCUAUAUAUUAGGGUAUUUCAGGAUUUUAUUCUUUAUAUCAAAUAUUCUUUUCAUGGUAUUGUGUUUCCUAUAGUUUAAAGAACCAUUUAACUCAACAAAUUUAACAUUGUGCAUGACAUGGAUGGUGGGGGGCAUUUAUAAUAUACAACAAUGGUUGAAUGUAAGCUUGUUGUUGAAUUUAUUUUUUUCCAAAUGACCUAAUCAAAUCUAUUUAAGAGUAUUCUAUAAUCGUAUUAUUCCUAUAAUUAUAUCAUAUUUUGGUUUAAUAUUAAUAAAAUAUCACUUAUACACCACUGUCAUAAGAGUAUUUCUAUGAGUUUAUUUUUAAUUUUAUGUAUCAGGUUUAUAAUUGGGUCUUUAUUUAAUAAUAAUAUGUUAACAUGGAUGUUUAUUUUUCAUAACAAUAUAAUCUUAUUGGUAUAUUAAAGUAAUAACUUUAUAAACAUCUUUAUGAUAAUAAUAAUAUCCUUUAUAUUUUAUUAUUAGUAACAGUGUGAAAUGUAAAUGUAAUGUCAUGAUAGUACAUAAUAAUAUUAUACAUAUUCACAGUGAAUUGUAAAUUGUAUGAUUAUUUUUUCUUCAAUAUCAAAUUGAAAUGUGACAUAAUUAUAUGAAUAGAAAGAUUAUCAGGUACUCUUAAAUUCAUUUAAUUAGGCCAUUCCAAAAAAAAAAAUAAGUUCAUUAGCAUUGCUCUGACAUGACAUGCAAUGAUAAAGAUCUUCAUGAUUAGGGAAAGAAGCAAAUGUUAGAUAUUUUAUUAUGGUUAUUGUAUUCUAUUUAUAUAGUAGUAUAAUAAUUAUUGAUUUUUUGAGUCCUAUAUUUGCUUUGGAUUUUUUUAAAUAAUUAAUUAAUGUAGGGGCAUAGUUUUUAUAUAAAAAUAUUGGAAGCUUUUAUAUGUUAAUAAUUUUUAGAGUAAGAUAAUUUAUUAAAAAUUAUUAGAAAAAGAAAAAAAAUACUACUAUUUUUUAGAUUCUGUGCUAAGUGAGAUUGUAUUGUUUUUUUUUAUCUGUGAAUUACUUUUCUACCAGAAAUAUUGUAGUUACAUAAAUGUAGUACAUUUUUUGAAAGGUAAUUUCAUCCAGUUGGUACUUAGUGAAGUAAUUUUUUGAUUUUUCAAAUGGUUUUCAUAAUAAAUCGAAAAAACAACAAAAUUUAUGCAAUUUAUUGUUUUACAUUUUUUUUUUCUUGUUGUUGUGAUUCAGUUAAAAAUAUUUGUAAAAAAUUUGGAUAUUUGUAUAUUUAAUCUGUAUAAAAUCUAUAUUUGGACAGAAAACUUAUAUUUGCUUUAAAUGACAUCUGUGGAUGAAAUAGUUAGACCUAACAGAAAUGCUUGAAAAUUUAAUAGGAUAUUCAUUAUGUAAUGUAAAAUUUCUUUUUAUAGGAAUUUCGAUAAAUAUUACAGUCUUUUAAAAUGUGUAUAACUGAACUCCACUCAAAAUAAUUUUUCUUAAGCAAUGAUUAAUAUCAUACAUUACAUACAUUGAUAUACAAGGUGUGGCAAAAUAUCCUCCCUAGUUUUAAAAGUUAAUAAAAAAAAAAAAACAAUUUUAGUUAUACAUUUUUGUUUUACAUAUAUUAUUGUUUAAUAUUAAAAAUUCUAAUUUUUGCAGUUUUAAAUAAAAUGUUGGUCAAGUGGUGUCCUUUACUGUCCAUACAUAGCUUCAAGCAAAAUGAGAAGUUAUAAUUUUUAACUUAAGCAUACAUUUUUCUAGGAUUUCUGUAAUAAUUGCUUCCUUUAAAUUCCAGAUUCCUUGAACGAUAAUUAUAAACCUGAGAUUUAACAUGACCUCUACAGAAAUAAAAAGCACAUGUUGUUAAAUCCAGAAAGCAUGUAGGCUAUAGAUGUGAUACUUCUAAUGGAAAUCAAGCGCCCCUCCUGGAAACAUUUCACUCAAUACUUGCAUUGUUGUGUGAGCUGAGGCUCCAUCCUGUUGAAACCAAAUAUUCUGUAUAUUGAUUUCUUUAAGGUCUCUAAGAGCUGGUGCAAAAAAAUCUUAAAGCAUGUUGACAUAAUGCUCAGAAUUAAUGGUAACUGCUUGAUUUUGUUUAUUGAAAAAGUAAGAUGAAAUAAUCUGUGAAAUUACACACCACACUGUGGUCACUAUGCAGAGAGACUUCUGGUGUAUUUCCCAUGUGUUUUUAUUACUCUAUUUUUGAUUUGGAAUUACCUGAUGAGAAGAAUUUUCAACAGAGUAUGAAACACACUCUGGACAACAGCUACACACUCAUAUUUAUGAAAAUAAGUUUCCACAGGUUGUCUACAAUGUGUUUAUUCCAGUCCUACAUAAAUAGACUCAAUUUCCACCAUUCUAUAAUUAUAAAUAACUGUUUAUUGCCAUGCUGAAACUAGGGAUGAUGUUUUGCUGCACUUUGUACAUUAAAUUCCCAUCUUCUACAACAGUGGCUACAAUCUGUCUUUUUUCAAAUUAAUUGUUCUACAUUCUACCACUCAACAGGCCUUUAAAAGUCAAUUUUGUAUAAUUUUGAUAAAUGGUCCCUUUUAUUCCUUUUAAUAGUUAUUUUUGUAUAGUAACUCAUAUUUGAAAUAAAAAUUAUUAUACAAUUAUUAUGGAAUAGAAAUGAAGAAAAUAAAUUUUAUAUCCUAAAUUGAUUUAUGAUAUUUAUAUAAUUUCCUACUAUGAUAAACUUAGCUUAACUUUAUAAUUGUAAACAGCAAAAAAGCUGUAGUAAAUAAUACAGUCACAUUAAUUGACAAAGAGAUCAGUUGGCUUAUCAGUAAAUGAAGAAAAAACUAAAGUUAUGGAACUAUUGAGAAACAAUCAUGAAUUAUUUGCCAUGAAUGAGCUCUGGUUUUUGUAAAAAUAAACCAGUUUAAAUACCUUGGAGUUACCAUCAAGUGCAAUAAUGCUGAUAAUGGCAAUAAUGACUGGAGUUUAGAAGUAGCCAACCCCAUACACAAAGCAGAAAAGGCCUAUUAUACAUUACUAAAGUUUUUCAAAUCUAAAUUAUUCCUGAGAAGGAUGAAAUUAAGACUGUAUAUGGCUAUAGUAAGACCAGUAUUGCCAUAUGGUUGUGAGGUGUGGAUGAUAACAGCGCAAGUGGAGAAAAGGUUACUCUCUUUCGAGAACAAGAUUUUAAGAAAGAUCUGCGGUGCAAUAUAUGAUAAUGAGUUGGGAUGCUGACAAAGGAGGACAAACAUCAAAAUUCAAAAAAAAUUACAUAAAGCCCAACUACUUAAAGGCACAACCAUUGCAAUGGUUUGGUCACCCUAUGCGAAUAGAGAAAUCAAAGGCUGUGAGGGCUGUUUCCUAGUGAGAAAAAAUCCAGGAAAGACCAAGGAAGUGAUUGUUCAAUAGGACAAGUCAGAACUUAAAAUCACUGGAUAUAGAAGACUGGGAGGACACUAUUCAGGAUAGAGAAAAAUGGAAGGCUCUGAUGGUGGAAGCGAAGACUCUUGGAAAGUCAUAAAGCUAGAAAGAAGAAGAAGAAAAUAAUUUAAAAAUAACAUUGGGAAAUUUGUUGGCAUAAUUGGUUUAUAUUUGAUGAUUAUUAGCGUUAUAGAGACCUCAAUGAAAAACCUGGAUAACCAAUAAAAUUGUAUAGGUUAUAAUAAUGUUGAAUAAUUUAGGAUUUUUUAUAUAGGUCACUAUUUCAAAUAGUAUACAGAGUGAUUUCCAGCUAAUAUAUAAUAUUAUAAGGCACAAUCCAAUAAUAGCAUUAGUAUAAAGUAUGAGAUACAACACAAUGAGAGAUAAUUCAUUCUCUAGGCCAAUUUGACAGGUGAUAGUUGUUUAGUGCCAAACCUAUUCUCCCCCUAUAAAUGGAAUAUUUCAUUAAUGUGUUCAAGAAAAUUUAAAAUUUUAACACCAAAAUGUAUUGCACUCAAAAUUUCCAAAAAUCAGAAUUUGAAUAUUUGCAAAAUUUAACUAAAAAAAUGGGGUGAGCACUCUAUAUAUAUUAGCAGUGGCAUGAUAAAAUUGACUCAGCUGCGCAUGAAAAAAAAGAUGUGUGGGCGGGUGUUAAAUAUUGAUGUUUAUGCUUGAGUAGUUAGCUACUUAUUUAUAUUUUGUGUUUAUAUAAAAAAAAAAGGUGGGUGUUGACAAAUUUUACUAUCAAUAAAAAGUUAAAAUUAAAAAUUAAAAACUGUAUAUUAGUGUAUAAAAAGUACAAAAAAACAGAUAUACUUCGAACAAUUGGUGGGUCAUCAUUUAGGUGAGAGGUUGGCAAGUAUAGAUAUAGAGAAAAUUUGAUGUAUAUCUAUGCAAUGUCUGUACAUUGCAAACAAAAAACAAUUCUGAGCGAAAUUCAGUUGUAUUUUUUUUAAGAGGCCUUAAUAUUUACAUAUUUUUUUCAAAGUUAAAAUUCUUCUAAAAAAAAUGUACAGCAUUAAACUCGACUUUUUCUUGUUGCCACUUAAGUACAACUUAUAAUAAGUUUUCUGUUAAAUUUUCAAGCAUUUCUUUUUGGUCCAACAAUUUCAUCCAUACAGUACCUAUUGAAUGAAAAUUACAUAAAAACUCAUAAAAUUAAAAUACCUAUAAAAAGCUUAAACAUUUUUCAAAUGUUUUAAAAAUUUUAUCACAUCUAGAAAAGCAAUUUUUAAUUUUUUCCGUCAAAUUUCAAUUACGAAUAUUUUAAAUUGAUUCACAAAAAAAAAAUCAAAAUUCAAAAUUAUAUAUUUAGUAUAUUUUCCAGUUUUGCGUACCUUUCCCCCACCUAGGGUUUUACCAAUUAUUAUGAAAACUGCUUGGAAAAUCAAAAAAUAACCCUCCUAAACUACCAAUUAGAUAAAAUUCCCUUUCAGAAAAGGUACUACAAUUGAUACUUGAGUAUGAAAAAAAAUUUCCUUGCUCCACUGCUAAUCUAUUACUAUUUUUAUGUACAAAAAAAAAAAUUGCAAUUUUUCCUAAAACUGAUACUAAAAUAACUAAUGGGACCUUUAAUAAUAAUUUCAAAAAUCUGAUCAAAUUUAAAGAAUAUUAUUAAGCUCUAAGGAACACGGUACCAUUGAAAGAAUAUCUGAAAAAUAAAUUGGAACACCCUUCUAUAUUAAUAUAAUGAUAUUAUUAAAUUAAAUUAAUCCAGGACAAUACCUUAAAUUUAAUUUGUCCUAUAUUUUAGAUUCUGAGUUGAGCAAAAAGUUUCACAAAAGUUUUUAUUUUUUUUUUCCUGUGGACAACUUUACUAUCUGAAAUCUCAGUCCACACAUUUUCUGAAAGAAAAUCUGUUUGGGAAAAUACUUUAUAAAAGUCAUCUUUUGAUUUUCCCAGGAGUUUUACCAAUAAAUGGGAAAAACCGGGAAAAUAGGUACAAUAUAUAAUAAGUGUUCAUUAUUAUAUAAUUUUUCAAUGAAUUUUUGGACUAAUGAAUAAAUAAAUAAUGCCUAUUUAAUUAUUUUAUCAUAAUAUAACAUAUAUAUGUUGUUAACAAAGCAUCACUAUCAACUGAAUUCCACUCGGAAUUGUUUUAUAAUUGCAGAUAUACAUUAAAUUUCUUACUGUAUUCUACUAUCCCAACUUCUCACCUACAACAGUGGCUGCAACUGUCCCCAUUAAUCUAGGACAGCUUUUUUUGUUAUUUUUAUUAUAUAGUUAAUAAAAUAUUAUGGUUUUAAUUUGUACAGUUUUACUCAUUAAUAAUUUGUUAAUGUUUUAUUUAUAGUCCAUAAGAAUGGUCACUUGUAUAGCAGAAAAACAACAAAAAUUAGUUUCCGAUAUUUUAAUACCAUACCAUGAACAUUUUAACUUAGCAAUUCCUGGAUACCGAUUAUUUAAUACAUAUACUUAUAAAUCUCAAAUGGGAAUAAUGAAAGGACAUAUAUUUUGUAUGCUAUUUUCUAUCCCUCUCAUAGAAUUGGGUAAGCCAUUUAUAUGUUUUCUCUAGGAAUAAAAUAAACAAAUUAUGUUUAAGUAUUAUUAAUUUAUAUUUUAAUUAUAUAUAUUAUAUGUAUUCAAAUUGCAGACUUUUCAAAAAAAGAACAUGAAUAUUAUUUUAAUUUUCUAUGUAUGAUAUGUAGAAAAAAUGAUAAACAAAUUAAAAAAAUACAUAUGUUUAUGGGUCACACAUCUAAAGAGUUGUAUGAAUAUCGUAAAACAGUAAUUCAAGUAUUAGUAAAUUGUAUUAGUUUUUUUAAAUACAAUGAGAAAAAAGUAUUAAAAUUGUUUUUGAAUAUGUUGAUAAAUUCUGAUGAUCAAAAAUUGCAAGAAAUGGUUUACCAGUGUUUAAAACUUCAUACACAUAGAACUAUUUUAAUGGAAAUGGUAAAUUUAAAUGAUUCAAAAUAAAUUGUAAAUUUGUAAUGUUUAACUAAAAUGAAAUAUGUAUGCAGGUAGACAAAUUAUUAAUUCAUUAUAAUAAAUUAUAUGGGAACAAUUCCAAAAUAACAUUGGUAAAUACUCGGCGUAUUAUGUAUUUAUCAAAAUUAUUUCCAUCUCGUCCAAGUAUAAUUUUGUCGAGCAUACUAUUGAAAUCAUUUAAAUAUUUUUGGAAUAAAAAAUAUAAUUGUAAAAAUAGUAAGCCUAUUUAUUAUGUAUAUAUAUUUUAAUAUUAAAAUAUAUACACAUAUAAUAAAAUUGCUAAAUUUAUUUAGAACAAUCCAAUUGUGAACUUGAAAAUACUUUGAAGAACAUAUUAGAAAUAAUGUCUUUAAUAAAAGCAACACAGUUUUUUCAAGUACAAGAAAUCUGUGAAAUUAUUUUGAAUGCAGAUAUAUUGUUAUAUAGAGAUUUAUGUAAUCAAUUGCAUCCAUUGUUGAUUAAAUGUUUAUCAAAAUUUCCUGAAGAUUGUGUAAAGAUGUUUUUUAAAGAUAUAAAUAUAAAGGUUUGACAUGUUUAAAAAUACCUUUCUUGUUAUUUCACAUUUUAUUAUUGUUUAAUCUAAUCACUAUAAAGAAUUUGAAAAUCAAAUUUUUUUUUAGAACUCAAUUUGGACAUCAUUUUUUAAUUCAAUGAUACGCAAUGAAAAUGAUGAAUCUUUGAGAAUUAAAUUAAAGACAAGCCCUUCAUUACUUGAAAAUUUAUUGUUAUUAUCUAAAAUUGGUUAGUAUUUUUUCAUUUAAUAAGUGUUUAACUUUUAUAAUGUUAGACAUUAUUGACAUUUAAAAUAUACUCAAUUUUUGUUUGCCCAUUAAAUAUGUAUUUAAAUUAUUUUGAAUUAUUAAAUUUUUUUUCUUAGAACAUAUGUAUAUUACCAAUUUAAAAACAAUGGUGAAGUCAGAAUUAAGUGAACUGACAUAGUUUCGAAAUUAUAGCUUUUUGAAGUUAUGUUAUUAUGUUAAAUAACUAUAUAUUGUCAAACAUUAAAUAUGUUUGUCAAGUUUAAUCAUAAUACAUGUUUAUUGGCAUCCUACCCUAGGGUAGCAGGGUUCGAGAGUUUAAACUGGAGUUUCAAAACAAAUUCUGUUUAGGUGUACCUAGAGAAAGUAAUCGCCCACUCGGACUAUUUUAAUUGCAAAAUACCCAUAGAUUUGUUGUGCAAACUUUGCUACCAGAAAUAUUGCUCCAAGUGUACCUUAUUGUUUGAAAGGAAAUUUUAUCCACAUGAUACUUUAUGGAAGUUAUUUUUUGAUUUUUCAAUCAGUUUUCUUAAUAUCUGGGUAUAAAUGUAGGUAUUAGUAAAAAAAUAUUAUGGCCUUUUUUUCUGUGUACAACUUUUCUACCAGCAAUUUCACUCCAAUUUAAAAUGAUUCCACUUUUUCUGUAAGGAAAUCUAACUGGGAGUAAACUUGGAGAGAGGGAAUUUUUUGAUUUUCCCAAGAGUUUUUUCAGCAAAUGUAAAAAAAUGAUAAAAAAACAUGGCUAAAUCUGUAUUAUAUUAAACAAAAAUUAAUGAAAAUAUAUAAUGUCCAUUUAAUUAUUUUACCAUAAUAUGAAAUAUAUAUUUUUGACAAAGUAUUAUUAUCAACUGAACUGUACUCGGACUCAUUUUUGCAUUAGCAAUAGUUUAUCAUUGCUUACAGGUAUAUAUUAAAUUACCUAUAACAGUGGAUGCAUUAGUUCCAUUAUCCUAAGACAGCUUUUUUUAUAAUAAUUUAAUUUAUAAUUGAUUUAUAUUCGUAUUUAUUUUGGGCCAUAGAUCUUAGAUAUGUCUUUUUUAAGUAUUGUAUUAUAUUUUUUAAACAAUUAGGAUAACUUUAAGAUUAAUAGGAAUAAGAAAACACCAAGAAAAUUAUUAAUAUAAAUUCUGUUUCUUUUACUGGUUGUUAUUAAAAAUUGUCUAUUGAUUAUUGUUAAAUGAUAAGAUAAAUAUUGUUAAAGUGUAAAUAAUUAUAAAUAUAUUAUCAAGGAGGGUUAAUUUUAAAUUUAUAAUCACUACACAUAAUGUUGAUUAGAUGUGAAGGGUUGUGAAGGUCUUUUAGUGCAAGUUAUGAUUGAAGUUUUAGUUUUAGUAUUAUUGUUAGUAAUAUAUUAGCAUCUAAUAUAACAAGCUCUUGUGUACUGCCACCAAGUUAAGCCCUACGAUCCUAGGUCUUUAAAGCUUGGGAGUUUUUUGGUACAUUUUGAUCAGAUCCCAGUGUUUCCUAUUCAGUAAUGCCACACAUCUGAUUGGUUUUUACAGUUACACACCAAAUAACUACAUUAUACACUGUGUUAUAGUCAUUAAAGUAGGUGUUUAUUUUCUUGGGUGUUAUUGGUUUACUUAAAAAAAAAUUAAUAUAAUAUAUACUAUUUGUAUGGUGUAUACAAUUAAUGCACUUAUUGUAUAAUUAAUAUUUGUUUGAACUAUGCCAUAUAGGAGGGGGGUGAUGAAAUAGGCUCCUCCUACAUGUGUACCUGGGUCAUGAUGUUCAGUUUUUAAAUUUACAUAAUAAUACACUCAGAAUCCAAAAGUUCAUAACCAUACAAAACCAAUAAAUUUCUUUUUCAGAAUUUAAAAUUGGUUAGGCUAUUGAAUAUUUAAAUCCUUUUUUAUAAUAUUAUUGUUUUAUAGACCCAUCAAGAACUAUUCAAUAUGAGUGUAUCAAAAUGAUUUACAACAUGGCAAAAAUGGAUAAACAGUGGAUUAUUGAAACUAAACUGAUCAACACUUUAUUAAAUAUUUGGUCCGAUAUUCAGUAUAAAGUGAGUAUUUUUUACAUUUUAUAAAAUAGACAAAGGAAUCAAUCUUAAUGGUUAUUUGUUUACAUGUCAAUAUAUUCUUAUAAAUUCCUCUGUAAUCAUUUUUUUCAAUGUAUACAUAUGUAUUAGCAACUGCAUAUUUUUUUAAUUGUGAUUAAAUGUAUUUUGUAUUUUUGGGUCUGUAUUUUGGUCUUAGAACUUAUCUACAUUUAAAAGAUUUUAAAUUAGUCUAGUAUAAAUGUUUUUUCUAAUAAUAUCUUGUCACUAAUACACCUAUAUCUAGUAAUUCAUGCAAAAGCUUUUAGUUAUCAAUUGGUUUGAAUUUGAUAGACCUAAGAAGACAACUUUCUGGUAUUUCAUUUAUAUAUGAACUUUUAAAAAGCUUUUUUUAUUAGUUUUAUUAGAAAUCAAGGUUUCCAUAUAAAGAUUUCUAUACUUUUCCAGAGUAAGAGUUAUGGUAUUCUUUUUUUCCUCAGGUUUUAUUGUUAUAUAAUAAAAUAUCCACAUCAAUAGACCUUUUUGGUUCUAUUCAUCAUACAUUUAAGUUGAAUGUUAUAUUGAUAUUAAGAUGUAUAAUUGGUAUAUAAAAUAUUUAAAUACUCUUAAUAAGUUUUAGUACUGUGUAUUUGUACUUUAGACAAAUUAAGUAAAGGUUGUCUAUUCUUUUAAUCGUCUUGUUAAUCCAAAGGGCUCAAUUAAAAAGGGCCCUUAUUAUAAAUAAAUAUAAUGUAUUAUAUGAAUACAAAUACAGUAGAAUGCCCAAUUAAUGUCAUGGGUGAACGUAAUAAGCAAAUAUCUAUAUGAUUGACCAGAACUCUUUUGCAUAAACCAAGUAAACAUAGCAUCUUCUAGUAAUGCUGUUUUAGGUUUUUUCAUUGUUUUAUGUGUUAAAGAACCUUUUUCAUUAUGGAGAUUAUUCACAUACUUGUUGAUAGAGUCCUCAUUUUCUUUAUAUCUGAAAACAUGGAUGUUCCAGCACCAUAUUUUUCAAUCAAUUCUCAGCCUGUUUCACAUUUUUUCAAUCACACAAUGAUAUCUACUUUUUCUUUCCUAGUAACCACCUCCCCUUAGAAGACAUUGUAACAGAAAUUCAUUAACUAAACUGUUUGACAAUUUGAUGAUUAGACAACAACUGACUUACUAAGAAUAAAUAAUAAUAAUAUUAAUAAUAGCUGAUAUUUAUCAGGUUUCUAUAAUUUUAAGGAAUCAUUUUUAUCUAUACAUACAUAUAUAUGUAUGUAAUAUAAUAAACUGGUGGAUAUCUAAUCUAUGAUUUUGAAAUAUGAUCACAAUUUAAGAGUUAUUGAAAGACCAAAUUUCUUUUCAUCUAAUUCUAGUCUGGAUAAUUGGAUGUCUGGUUGAUUGAUGAUUCAUAUAAUAAGUAAAAUUAAACACUUCUCUCCAUUUUGAUUAAUAAUAUUUGAAUCUAUAUUUUACAUCCUUAUGAAAGCCAGUUUUUCAUACAAAAGAUCAUAGAUCUUUAAACACUCAACCUCCCCUAUAAACACUUAUUGUCAUUAGUAGUUGUCUUAUUCUGUUCUUUCAAACACAUACUCUGUUUUACUUCUACUUAUCAUUAGUACUUUUUCUUUAAGUGCUGCUCACUAUACUUCAAGCCUAUUGUAAUCUUUUUACUGAUUUUCUCCUAUCAAAAUUAUAUCAUCAGCAAAAAAAAACAAAUACCCUUCUAUUAAUGAUAAUUUAUAUUUUACUAUCCAAUAAUAAUGAAAUAUUAACAACUGGGCUAAGAAAAAUGUAAAAUUUUAAAAUUGAGAGGCCAGGGAAAUGUAUAUUCAAGAUUUAUUAACCCCUAUUAAUAAUUCUUAUUCUCCAUAAGCUUAAUCUGAUGAUAUCCUAAGUAGAUUUUUGAAAUGCUCGCAACUUCAAAUUUUUCCUAAGCUCAUCUCUGGUUCCAUAAAUUCUCCCUCCCUCCCUCUCUUCUUGUCAGCAAUUUUAAAAUACCAACUUUUAAAACAAUCAUAAUUCAAGCACAUUUUUUAUUUCCCUUCAUUUUGCUAAUUAUCUAUGUAAUGAGCUUUUAGGGUGUUGAGAACUCUUUUUUAAUUUCAUUUGACAUUAUUGUAUUCUAUAUGUACUCAUUUACUUUUGUUUAAUAUUUUUAUACUUGGCUAUAAUUUAUUCAUACCUAUUGCAUUUACCACAUUAUUUUAUUGUUAGGUUAGGUUUUAUUAUUGCUUACAAGCCUAUAUCUAUAUUAUAAAUACAUUAAUUAAUUUGGUUUAAUAUUUUUAAGGACCGAUACAAAAAUUUGGCCGCUAUUAAAUUGACUGAAUGGGAUGAGCCUAAAAUGUUAUUAAAAAUAAUAUUGAUAUAUUUUAAAAGUAAUGUUGAUCAAAUUUUUAUACUUUUUCAAUUGCUUCCAGCAUUUACUUCUAGAUUUCCUAUAGAUAUAAAUGUAAGUAAAAUAGAUUAAUAAUUUUUUUAUAAUUAUUAUUAUUUUAGGUGUUUAUUAUGCCUAUUAAUUAUUUUGUUUUGAUUGAGUAGUUUUUCAGAAAAUUUGUAGAAAAUGAAAUGAUUAGUUCAUAUAGUGUAAAGUGGAUUCGGAAAAUUGUUUUUAAAUUUAUUGAUUUAUACCACAAUAAAGGUGCAAAUAGUGAUCUGUUAGGAAGAACACUGCAAUAUUUAAUAUUACCAAGUCUUUCAAUGUGUUAUAAAAAGGGAGAAAAUGAAAAACUAUGUAAAUUUACUAAUCCAGAUGAAAAUAUACUUGGAAUCAUUUUAAACAAAGUAUGUUUUCAUUUUACAUAUAUUUAGUGAGAAAUAUCAAGCAGAAACAAUAAAUAAAUAUAUAUAAUACAUGCAAAUAUAAAUACAGAGUGUGUAAAUUGUUAGUUGGAAAUGCUACAACUUAACUCAUAUUAAAUAUAUUUGAAUUAAGAAUUAACUAUUUUUAUAAAAAUGUUAUUUUUUAAUUGGAAACUACCCCUUUAUAAGGUAAUCAUUUUUAAUCAUAUUGUUUUAUGAAUUUUAUUUGAUAAACCCACUUCCUAAGUUCAUAAAUAACAAGUUAUGGAUAUUUAAAUGUUACAUAUUAUUUUUCAGAGUUGAAUUAUUCACUUAUUUGGUAACUUAAAUUAAUGAUUUUUUCACAGUAUGAAGAAAAAUCAGUGUUAUGGUAGAGGAAAAGGGUUAUACCUGCCUCUAAAGUACUAAAAAUGUUGAACCAUUAAAAUAACUAAAAAUGCACUGAAAAUAAUUAUCACAUAAAGAGGAGUUUACAUUUAAUAAAAAAAACUUGUUAUGCACAUGGACAAAAUUAAAUGUGAUAAAUACAGUUUAAUUAAUUUUAUUUGUAUAUCAAAGUUUGUUUGGUAAUUAAAUAAACAAAAUACAAAUAUAUAUUAUUUAAUAUGAGUAGAGUUAUGGUGUUUCCAACUAAUAAUUACACGCUGUAUUGUUAUAAUACAUAAAAUGUAUUUAAUAGUGGCUUUUAUUAUUCAUUUUUUUUUUUUUUUGCCCCCCCCCCCUCUUCCCCCAACAUUUAGUGUUAAUACCUAGCAAAUAAAUUAUGCAAAAAUUAGUAGUUUUGUCAUUUUUUAAUGAAAUUGUUUAUAAUGAUAGGUUAAAACUUUUUUUUUUUAACCAAAAUAUUUGAAGAUUUCAAAAAUGUCACUUUUGACUAUAUAACAUAAUUUAUUACUGAUAAUUUGUGGUGAACCACUGUUGUAGAUGAGAAUUUGGAAGGUAGAAUACAUAGGAGAAUAUAAUGUAUAUCUGUAAACAAAGAUGAACCAUUGCUAAUGAAAAACGAUUCUGAGUAUUAGUUGAUGGUAUUGCUUUUUCUAACACUAUUAAUAUUAAAUUUUUUAAAUUUUUUUUUAUUUAUUCACUUUAUUAAAUGUUUAAAACAUCUAUUUGUAAAAAUUAUUGUUCUAAACAUUUUAAUGUACUAUAUAUUAAUUUCCAAAUAAUAGUUUUUUAAUGAUAGCUCUUUCAAUUUCUAGAAAAUAGGACUAAAAACAAAUAAUAUUCAAUAGAGGCUAAAAAACUACCUUGCUGAUUAUAAUUCUGUAUUGCAAAAUGUGUUAUUUUAUUUAAUAUUAAUCGUUUUCAUACCUAUUUAAAACUGCUAUAACUAUUAAAUUAGUUAAAAAUUAUUGAAUAUUUUUUACAAAAUGGUUAUCUUGAAAAUGUUCUAAAGUGAAAAAGGGAAGUUAUUUAAGAUUUUGAAUGAAUCCAAGAAGCUUAAAGUUUUACAAUGAUAUUUUUUGUUUUUCUAUGAAUCUUGAUUUGUUUUUCUAAGUGUAGCAAUUUUUCUGAAAGGAUCUCUGUUUGGAGAGAUACUUUAGAGAGGUGAUUUUUUGAUUUUCCCAGGAGUUUUUUCAUUAAAUUUAAAAAACCAAAAAAAUAAAGAAAAAACAGGGGGGGGGAUGUUAGGAAAAAUUGGUACAAUUUUAAACAAAUACUAUUCAAAAAAUAUAUAAUGCCUAUUUUACCAUAAUAUAGGACAUAUAAAUUGUUGGCAAAGCAUCACUGAAUAAUUGUUUCCUUAGCAAUGGUUUAUUGUUGCUUACAGGUAAAUAUUAAAUUACCUAUAACAGUACCAUCUAGACAAAAUUCCUUUCAGAAAAGAUGCUACAGUUACAUAUGGAAACAAGAUUUCUGGUAAAAGUUUUUGUAACAGUGUAAAAAAAAAAAAAAAAAAAAAAAUUGUAAAAUGUAUUGGACAUUCUUAAUUUUAGACUCUGAAAAUCUGGUUAAGGAGAUUGUAAGUUGUGAUUUUUGUCUUUGUAUUGCACAUAUACAGCUUAAAAAUUUGGAUGUGUUCUUUAUUCAAUGUAGUGAUUAGUCUAAUCAAGCAAUAAGAAUUUUAAAAACAUAUAUGACUUUGUUAUCAUCUACUUUGAAAUUGCAUUUCCCACAUAUUUUAUUUUAUCCUCCUAAGAUCAAAAAAAUGUAUAAUAAAAAUGGAAUACCUUAAAUUAAAUUAAAAAUUUAAAUCAAAAAUAAACUUGAUAACAAACCCAAAAUGGUUUUUAGAAUUUUUUAUCACUUUUUACCACUAGACCAAUUGGUAUGUUGGAAAUAGAACACAUAUAAAUUCUCACAUUGCAAUUGUGUCAGAAAAUUAGGGGUCAGUGACAAUUGGUUGAUAUUCAAUUGGUGGACACAACAUUUAGUCAACAAAUAUUUGAUCAAUAAGAAAAUAAAUGCAAAUACAAUUUUCAGAGGCACAUCAGCUUAUCACAGGGUACCCAUCUUGGUGGUGGAUUUUAGGAGGUGAUGUGGCUUACCCCAUAAAAUGAAAAAAGGGUUUUACAAAACACUUAAUUACACCUAUUAAAAAAUCAUGGCAGUAGUAGGGUAUUAAUGUAAAAAAUUGAUCCCCCACUAUUGUGGGUUAAUUGGAGAAAAAAAAUAUAUUUCUUGGUGGUGGAUUUUCUGUAUGUUUGUAUCAAAAAUGUGUGAAAUAAAUAUGUACCAUGUCUAGGACCAGUUUUAAAUUUUUUGUUUAAGAUCCUGAGUGUAGCAAAGAAUUUAUUGGUUUUACAAAGAUGUUUUUUGAUAAAAAAAAUUGUUUUUGCUGUGAAAAACUUAACUUUUAAGUUGGGGUUGGAGUAGUGGUGCAUUAUAUCACACUGCACAUCUUACCACCAUACCAAUGAUACUCCACUACUCUCUUCCAUCCUAAACUUUAAAUUGUAAUAUCUUGUCAACAGCUUAUGAAUAAUUAUUUUUUUCGUAUGUUUUUAGAUUUUUGGCAAUAUUCGUACUGCAUUAACUGGGUGUGAUUUUGAUGGGAUCAAAUUAUUUUUAUGUCAAUUACUGUGUUUAUUAUUUCAUGAUUUAAUAAGUUAUAAUGAAAAUAUUUCUCGUGUUAUACACAAUGGUAUACUAAGUUGUAAAACAGCUAAAUGUUCAAUGGAUUUAAAUGUUAAAUACCAUUGCAAUUUGAUUUUAAUAUUUUUAAUGCUUUCUGGAAAAACUCCAAAAAAUGAAAAACAAUAUCAAGGUUAGGAAGUUUUUUAUUGAAUAUUAAAUCAUUUUAAUGAAUGAUUCUUUAGAAUAUUAACAAAAUAAUUAUGAUCAAAACAAAUGUUUUUAGUGAUAUAUGAUGAACUUUUGAAAUGUAGCAGUCCUGAAGCUCUACCAGUAAUACAAUAUUCAUUGAGCUUUAUCGUGACAGCUGCCCUUGAAAAUAGUGUAGAAGUAAAUACUUUAAUUGCAUGUGUAAAGAACUCGAUAAUGUCUGAAUCACAUAAUUUUCAUACAUUACAUCAUAUUCUAUUUUUUGUAAAAAAAUAUAAUACAGUAAGAUAUAUUAUAGUUAUUAAAUAAUUUGUUGGUUUUUAUAUUUACUAAUAAUGUACUUUAUUUUAGUUGUUUUAUCCUUACAAAGAGGAUAUGUCUCCUCUCAUUUUAAAAUCUUUACUUCCAGUUGCAAAGAAUAACAAUAUGGCAGAUUAUAAAAAAACAGCAAUGGAAUUAGCAUGUUUAAUUGUUGAAUGGGAUCUUGGCAAUCCAAAUAUGGUAUUAUAUUAAAUAAAAUAUUUAAUAAUUAUUACUUUAAUUACUUUAUUUAUUAUAUAGGAUGUAGCAUGUUCUCUUAAAACUAAUGAAGAGCAAUUAGAGUGUAAUAAUUCAUCAUCACAAUUAAAGAAAUCAUCAGCAUACAUUGAGGACGCACUAAACUUUUUGGCAAAGGUUGCAUGUCAGGUGCUGUAGAAUAACUGAUUUAAGUUUUUAAUAAUAAUUUAAAGUUUUAUAAAUAUUUAUAUAUUUAUCACAAUAUAGACUUAUGAUGAUAAACAUGAUAGCAAAAUUAGUAGACUUGCAAAACACAGUGACAUAUUUUUUAAAAAUAUACUGUCUACAAAGACACUUGAUACUAAGGAUGUGAAAUUAAAACUUAAGUGGAUUGAAAAAGUUUUAGAAACAUUUCUGAAAAAAGAAAACCUUUCUAAACAAAACCCAAAUGUAAAUGGUAAUACAAACUCUAAUGUAUUGAGUUUAGUAGCCAUAUUUGAGAUGAUAUCUUUCUUACUAAAAGUUCUGUCUCAACAAUUUAUGUUAGAAGUUAUUUCAUCACUUCAAGAUUAUUUAAUACAAUUUCUACAAUUGGUAUUUAAUGAUGUAAUUUUCAUUAUUCUCAAAUAAUUAAUAAGUUAUUUUUGUGCUUAAUUUAAUAAAGUAUGUUUUUUUAAGGUAUUAAGUAACAAUCAAAAUCCUCAUAAUCCAAAAGAAACGUUGGCAAAUCGUUUAUCUGUAUCACAAGUUAAACAAGUUAGUUAAUUUUUAGUCAUUAACAAAUUAUAUGUUAUGUAAUGCAAUAGUAUAAUAAUUAUAUUAUUUUAUGUUUAAUUAAUGAAAGUUUCACUGACAUUUCUUUAAAAUUUUCAAUUUUUAGUGUAAUGAAGGAACUUUAAAAGUCAUAACAGACAUUUUAAAAGCUUUUCCAUCAAUUGAUGGUUUGGAAAAGUUACACACAUCUAUCCAAACGGUAUGGUUUAAGUUUAAAUAUAAUAUUAAUUUUCAUGAUUAAAUUAAUAUUAUAAAUUAAUAUUUUAGAUAAUUUCUGAGGGUUUAAAUAGUAAUUCUUUACACAAAUUGGAUGUCAGUUUGACACUAUUAAAUGCAUCAUUAUUGUAUUUUUCCAACUAUUUGGAUAAUGAAAUAGUCAAUACUAUUGGAGAUAUAUUGUUUAAAUUUAAUACAAGUUAGUAUAUCAUUAAAAAGUAGUAUUAUUAAAGUAUCAUCUUAUUUUGUACACAACUAUUUAAUGAAUUAGAAAUCAACAUAAUCAACAUUAUUUUAAAAUUGUUAAUGUAUGUUUUACUUUUGAUUUAAAUUUUUUUUUAGACAAUAGCAAUCCUUCAAUAAAAGUAAAAAGUUUAGACAUAUUAAAAACCCAUGUUGACACAUUGUCACGUAAUGGCAAACAAGUAUUCAUUGAAAAAGUGGUUUUAGAAAAUUUGAAUAAAGCAAGAGAUUCAGAAAACAAUAUACCAUUUGAAGUACAAAUAAAAUGUUUUGAACUUAUUAUUACUUACAUAAAAGACAUACCGGAAGCCACAGAAGGAAUAAUAUUAAACUCAACAAUUCUAGAGUAUAUCAAAACCACAACCGAUGAGCGAAUUAUGACAAUAAUUUUAAAUGUAAUUAACUUAAUGAUAAACAAUUUUAAUUAUAAAAUAAUUGUUAAACUUCACCUUUUUAAAAUUAUAUUAUACAUUUGCAGGUCAUAACUAAAUGGAUUGAAAUUUGUAGAGAUGAAUCAGUAUUGUUUAACUGCCAAAUCAUUAACAUUUUAAAAUCCAUAACUAUUAUUAAUCGGUUCCCUAGGUUAUCAGAUUAUUGUUAUACAUUGAAUCUCGAAAUUUUUAAGUAAAUUUUUUUUAACUCGUAUUUCUUUAUAUUUAAAAAUAUUUAUUUCAAUAUUUUUUAUUUUUGAAUAAUUUUCAGAAAUUGGUUCUUUCGUGAAUGUAUUGAAUUUGGUCUUAACUGUAAAUCAUCACCAAUUAGAUAUGAUUUUUUACAUUUUCUUGAUACAUUAUGGAUUGAUGGUGGAUUAUGUAUGAGAUUGAGUUCAAUAAUGUCUGAUGAGUUUAAUUAUGAUUUAGAGAAUGCACUUGCAUUUUAUAUCCAAUUAUUAUUUGUAAAAAUAACUAGAAAUACUAAACUUCAAGGAGAUUUUCCGAUAUUAAGAAAAUUAGCCAUCACCAAUGAAACUGUAAGUUUUAAUUAUUUUGUGAUUAUUAUCUAAUUAAUUAUAUUUAUUGUACUUUUAAUAUUUAUUUUUAGCUUGUCUGCUCUGAAAAUAAUAAUUUUUUAGAAUUAUAUCCAGUGAAUGGUGUUCAUACAUUUGAUGUAUGCUCCUCUUUAGCUCAGUUGUGUUUUGUUAAUGUAAAUUUAGCUAAAAUCAUAUGGACAUCAGUACUUCCUAGUGUUUGGAAUAUGUUUAAUGAUGAACAAAAAAAAUUACUUACCCAAAAAGCAGUAAACUUUUUAGUAAAUAGCAAAUUAAACAAAAAUUCCAUGGCAGCAUUUUAUGAAGCUAUUAUUCUAUGUCUACCGAAAAUUAAAUUUGAACCGUAUGCUAUUUAUCAUAAUUAAUAAAACAAAUCUCAGGGUUUUAUUAUGUAUUUGGUGUAAUAUAAGUAAAUACAUAUUUAUUUUAGGCAUCAAAUGGUAUACAUUGGAAAAACAUAUAGUUUAUGGUAUAAAGUCAUUGAGCAGUUAGAAGAAAUCUGUGAUUAUUUUCAACACGAAAAAAAAAAUGUAAAUUGUUUUUAUAAAAUUUACAUUUUUAAUUACAUCUUCAUUUAUGUGAAUUUACUAUUUGUUAGGAAGCUGUUGAAGGAUUAAUUCAAAUGUAUUCUUUGCUACAUGAAGAAGAUAUUUUAGAAAGUUUAUUUCAAAAAACUAUAAAAUGUGAAGAAACCAAAAUAGCACUAUCUCUUGAGCAACUAGGAUGUUACAAAAGAGCUUCAACAAUAUAUAUGGAGCUAUUAAAUCGUAAAAUAAAUGAAUUAGAAGAUAACCAUACUAAUAUUUUCAAUAAAGAAAUUGAAUUCAGAAAGAUUCAUUUAACUAAGUAACUAAAUCUACACUCUAGUCAUAUUAAAAAUAUUAACCGAUAUAUAUUCCAUGUUACUUUUGUAGAUGUUUGAGAGAGUUAAAUGAUUGGAAUUAUUUAUCAGAACAUUUAUUAGAAAAUAAUUGUGUGUUAAAUAUUGAAUAUACAUGGAAAAAAUCAAUUGGAAAGACUUCUAAUAUUAAUUUAAGGUGGGAUUUAGAACACAAACAACAAAUUUGGCCUUCUAAAUCCAUUUGGAAGGUAUUUUUUAAAUAUAUAUUAGUAUAUUACUCAUAAGUUAUAUUUAUAAUGUAUUGGUUUAUUCUGAUUUUUAUUUUAUUUUAUUUUUUUUAACUAAACAUCUUUUUUAUCAGAAUGUAUUAAUUUAAUAUAGAGAUAUUUUACCUUUCCAACUUCUAACCUACAAAAGUCCACCCAUAUUGCGCAGUUUGUCUGUAUUUUUUCUAUACAGGUUUUAUUUAAUAAUGAACAUUUUUUUUUUUUUUCAGUAUCAUUUUUAUCUGGCAAUGUUAGGUUUAAAUGAAUUAGAUCAACAAGGCAUGUCUAUUGUCCAAGAACAUAUUGUACUUGCUAUCAAAGAAAUUGUAGAUAAAUGGAAAGCACUACCUAAAUACUUGUGCAACGCCCAUAUUCCUUUACUUCAAGCAACUCAAUUGGUUUGUUUGAUUAAAUUCUUAUUGAGCUUUUCAUGUUAUGAUAAUGUUUUGUUUAAUACAGAUUGUCGAAAUACAAGAAGCACAUGACUAUCAAAAAAGUUUGUUACAAUCCCCAAAAAACAUAAAUAAUAUUUGUUCAAUAAAUGAUAACUGGAAUAAUAGAAAACCGUGGAUUGGAGAUAAUUUAAAUUUUUGGAAUGAUUUGAUUUCAUGGCGAAAAACUUAUUAUUCAUUUUUAAUCUCAAGAAAUUUAAAUACAAAAAUACUAAAUAUCAAAUCUGCUGUGGUAAAUAUUUACACAUUUUAUAAUCUUAAAAAAAAAAACAGUAUUUAUGAAUGUUGUUGUUUUAUCUAUCAAAUUUGGGGUGAAUGCUUUAUGAGCAAAAUAAACUAAGUCUAGAGUUAUCUCUUAUAAAGUUUAUUUUGACAGUAACAAAUUUGGUAUGAAAACUAAUUAGAGAUCACUAUUAUAGAAUAUUGUUUAAAAUGUCACUAGAACUUUAUAAUAUAAAAUAUGUACAAUAUUUUAGAGUAUUGACAGAGUUUUGACAAUUUAAGAAACAAGAAGCUCUAAAAUAUUUUAUUUCCAUUAUUUUUUUUGUACAUGAUAGUAGGAAACUAUCCAGUGAUCAAUAGAUCCCUUGGUUUUAUUAUGCAUGUUUCUAUUUUUAUUUAUAUAUUUUUGUGUCUGUGAGCAAGUUUUUUUUAGCCGAAAUCUUGCUCCAAGCAAAACAUGACAAAUGACUUUUUUAGUGACCUUUUUAAUUGAAUUUUAGAUCAUUGGAAAAUUGGUGUAUUAGGAAGGUUAUAUUUUCAUUUUCCAACUAGUUUUAUAAUAAUCAGGAAACUCAAAAAAUAUAGGAAAAUCAAAAAAGUUAAUGGCAUUAAAACAUUUUAUCUUUUUAGCUACAUAUAGACAUUUCUUUGAUAGGUACUAUAUGGUUACAAUUAUUUGAUUAAACAGAGCACUUGAAAAUUUAAUAUAAGGUUCAUUAUAAGAUCAAAUAAAAGAAGACAUCCUAGGAUAGUAGGUUCGAUGCAGCCACUGUUUUAAAUAAUUUAAUUAAAAUAAUUACCUGUAAGUAAUGAUAAACCAUUGCUAAAGAAAAGGUGAUUUAUAGCCGAGUUCAGUUGAUAGUGUUGCUUUGUCAACAAUAUAUAUAUCGCUCAAAAUCUAAAAGUAGAGUGUAAUGUAGUUGUUUUAUUUUAUAUAAAAGUUUUGAGUUACAAUGUUGACAAAAAUCAUAAAUAUUACAAUCUUUCAAACAUGUAUAAUAGAACUUGGUUCAUCAUUAUGUUUAAUUAGGAAUGUUUUUAUCAUUACUUACAAAUGUAAAUUAAACAACUUAAUGUAUUCUACUUUUCUAACUUCCUACUUAUAAUAAUGGCGCACCCAUCUGCAGUAACAGCUCUUAUUUUUAAGAUAAAGUUACUGCCUACUUUUGAUUUUAAAAUAGCAACCUAUAUUUAAAAAUCCCUUACUUAGAUUAAUUAUAUAUUUAAGAUUAAAUUAUUUUUGGUUUUUGAUUUCGUUCAGCCUAUUGUUUUUCAAUUUCAAGUUUGAUAAGGUGGAGAGUAAAUCUAGACUAAAAGGUUAGACUUUUGAUUGGUGUUCCAAUACUCUCUGCCUACCAAAAUUUAAAAGUAGGAAGUAUUUCUUUAAUGGAUUGAUAGAAAUCUAAAAUUACAACAUCAAAACAUAUUUAAACUAAUACUCUAUCUAUUUUUGGAAUUUUCAAUAUAGGUUACUAUUUGACAAUCAAAAUUUUGUGGUGGUUUCAUCCCCAAAAUAAAAUGAACAAAAUUAAAAUAAAUGUACAAUUGCAAAGAUGCUUGUUUUUUUUUUUAAAUUGUCAAACAAAUUUAUUUAAAAAAAAGUCAACACUAUUUGAUACUUAAAUACUUAUUUUUUACAGGAUCAAUCAAAUUUAAUGUUUGGGAAAAUAGCACUUAAACAUAAUAUGACCGAUGUAUGCUUAAAUACAUUACAAACUCUAGACUCAGAUAAUGUUAAUACAUCUAAUUGGUUGUAUAAGAUGUUCUUGGAAGCAAAAUGCAUACAGAAAUUUAAAAAAUACAAAGUAUGUUAUAUUAUUAUUCAAGAAAUUAAAUAAAAAUAUAUACUUUUAAUUGAAUUUAAAAUAUUUAUUUUAUAAAUAGUAAAAGCCUGUUUAUUUUAGAUUCUGAGGGAAACAAGGAAUAUAUUAGUUUUAAAAUAAUGAUAAUUAUUUUUGUUUUUUUUUUUAUCUGUAAUCAACUUUUUUACCAGAAACCUUGCUCAGCUUUUUAAGUAACAAGUUUUAGGUCAAAAUAUCUAUAUUAUAAAAAAUUUGUAACAACUUCUUUAAUUUUAACUGAGUGUACAGAUACUUUUAUUAUUUCGCCUACAAUUAAAUAAAUAAUAUAAAUAAAAAAAAAGAUUGACAUACUUUGUACAAUAGAUAGACCACAGUUGUAAGGGAGGAUAUAGAAGAGGAGAACUUAAUGUAUUUCUAUGGUGACCAGUUAUAAAAAUCCUAAAAGAAAUACAUUUGAAAUUUAGAUCUUUCAUUGUAAAAAAAAAAACCCUCCCUUGAAACAAUUGGCCAAUGUAUAUUAUGUAUACUAUUUUACCUAUUUUGCUCAUAGCUUAUCUCCAUCUAUAUACAUUUUUUUCUAUUACAACUAUAAAAACUAAUUAUUUGAAAUCAUUAUGUCAACUCAUUUGGUUUGUGUCUUUAUGAUGAAAAUACUUUGAAAUUUAAAUAAUUUUAAUUUUAAUGGUAAACAUUUAAAUAUAUAAAUACAAAGCUUCAUUAGUAAAUAUUUACUACAUUUUUAUAUUUAUUUAUUUAUUAUUCAUAAUUUUUGAAAAAAGAGUACUGUCCUACAAACAAUUGUGGUCCAAAUUUCAAGUUUCUACAAAUAUUUGGAACUGAAUUAUAACAGGAAAAUAAAAUUAAAAAUUAUUUAAUUAUUUAAUAACUUAAAAUAAUAUGCAUAUUAUAUAAUUGUAAAAAUUGUCUAGUUCUUGUUGAGCAGUUGUAUUACAUGUAUAUUUGUAUUUUUUGUACUUAGUACAAUGCCAAAUACAUUUGUCCAUCAUUUUGGCUUAUAUUACAAUAAACUGUAAAGGCGUUCUUAUAUUUGUUUAAACUAAAUAUCAAACAAAAAUUGAUGACUCGUAAUCAAUAUUAUUGGCAUGUUGAUAAAGUUGUUUUUCAUCAUAUUUAUUGUCUGCAGGAAAAUUUAGUUAUAUUUUUGUAAAAGACUCAUUAUAUACAACCCUACUGCAGGAACUCAUAAUUAUGAAAAAUAUUUCAGAUAAUACUAUACAAUAUUAAUAUGGUGAUUGGUUAUUAUUUCCUGUGUGAUAUUUUUAUUACAGAUAUUUUUUACUCCAGAUAUUCUAAAAUGUUUGACUAGUCAGCCCUUAAAAGAAGUUAUUUUUAGAUUUUACAAGCAGUUUCAUAAUAAUUUCAUAAAAACUUAGGAAACCUGAGAAAAUUUACGAAAUGUAUUAUUAUUUGUUUUAAUUCAGUUAAAAAUAUUCUUAAAGGCUUUAAAUUUUGACAUAAAACUUAUAUUUGCCUAUUUUAGACACUAAAAAUUUUAUUAAUUUUGAUUUUAAUUUACAUAAUAAUUUUAGAGAUUUUCUUAAAUUCUGAAUGGAACGAAGAAGCUUAUGGUUUUACAAAGAUUUUUUUUUUUACUAUGAUAAGAAUUUCUACCAGAAACCUUGCUUCAAUAUGUACCAUUUCUGAAAGGAAAUAUUGUCUAGAUCAGUGAUUCUCAACCACUAGUGUGUUAGGUAUUACUUUGAUUUGUGUUGCCAAAAAAGUUGUUGAUUUAUGGUUUUUUAUAUUUUUUAUAGUUUUUUACUGUAUAGUUUCAAAGUAUAAAUAUAUAACAUUAUUAUUAAGGUAUGAUAAACCCAUAAGAAAAACUAGGAAAUUUGCAUUAUGCGUAUGUAUGUAAACAAGCAUGUCCUCAGUCAUCAUAGUCCUUGUGUUAUAAACAUUGUGUUUGUCAUUUUAAUUUCAUUAAUUGUAUUAAAUGUGUCGUCAUUUUUGUGGAUCUAAAUUAGGGUUGAGAACUACUGGUCAAAAUAUCUAGAUUUUUUUUUAUCUGUGUGCAACUUUUCUACUAGAAAUUUAAGUUUAUUCUAUUACAUCUUUUAGCACUUUUUCUCAAAGCAUAUCAGUGCCAAGAGGUAUUUUGAAAAAGUUAUUUUUUGAUUUUCUUAGGAGUUUUCUCAUAAAAUGUGAAAUACCAAAAAAAUGUAGAAAAACAAAAAUAUUGGUAUAAUAUUAAACAAAUGUUUUUAAAGAAAAUAUAUAAUGCCUGUAAUAAUUUAAUUAUUUUACUAUAAUAUGACAUUUAUUAAAUUGUUGACAAAGCAUCACUAAUGUCUGAACUCCCUAGAAUUGUUUUUCCUUAGCAAUUGUUUAUUGUUGCUUACAGGUAUACACUAUAUUACUUUUGACAGUGGUUGCACCUGUAGUUUUUUUAUAUAAUUUACAUAAUAAUUUUUAUCUAUAUUCUGUAGAUAAAAAGGCUAACCCAAACAGAAAUUUAAAAUUGAACAAGAGAUUCGUUUUAAGUCAUACUUUGUGGUAAAAAAAAAAUGAGUGAAAUGUAGUAUUUUAAAAGAAUUUAUUUUUUUACGAUUUACAUAAUAUUUUCAUAAUUAUUAGAAUAAUUACAUCACUUAAUUAUUUUUUCCAGAAAUACAAUUAUUUACCCAAAACUUGCUUUUUGUUAAACAAAGAUUUUAAGGAUGACAUGAAACCUCUGUUAUUCAUAAUCAAAGGGAUUUUUUAUGACUAUGGUGGUAGUAGAGAUACAGCAUUUAGUUAUUUCGCUAAUGGGUUUUUUAAUGGAACAAGUACCAGAAAGCCUAAUGAUGUUAUUGAAUGGGAAUAUGUCAUACACAAUUAUAAUACAUAUUCUUCAAGUAUUUAUAAACGCUCAGAUGACAACUAUGUUACAACUUUGAAUAACACUGAAAUAUUAGAACAUGCUUGGAUACAAUGGGCAACAUUAAUUGAAAAUUAUUUAAACCAGUCCACUGCUAAAGAUAUUAAAAUUGUAUUAGCAGCUAUGAAAUGCUAUAUCAUAGCAUCUGAAUUAGCUAAUAACAAGAACAAUAAUAUUUUAAUAGCUAAAGUAAGUGUAAACUGUUGUAAGGUAUGAAAUUAUUAAAUAAUCAUUUUAAUAUUAUUAUUUAGAUUUUAUUACUCUUAACAUACGAUGAUAAAAAUUGUACAUUGUUACACGUACUUGAAAAUUGUAAUAUUACAUAUUCUGAUUUAUGGCUUCCUCAGAUCCUAAAUAUUUUUGUUGAAAAGACUGAAACAGUCAUUGAAAAAAUAAUUUUGAAGGUAAUAGUCAAACUACUACUUUUUGUAUUUUAUCUUAAAAAGUUUUACACAAAAUUAAGUUAUACCAAAUUUAUUAUUAAUAUUAAUUUUAUUUAAUUAUUUUCUAUGUAUUGUGUAUAAUUUUAGAUUAGAAAAUUACACCCACAAAAAAUGUAUUUAAUACUUUAUAGAAUGUAUCUCAUUGAACAAAUUAACCAAACAAAAAAAAUGGUAAAAAUUUGUUAUUUAAAGUUUAAAUUAAGUUAUGCAUAUAUUAUUUUUCUAAUGUAAAUUCUUAUCAUUUUUUUUUUCAGGAACCACCAUUUAAUUACAAUAAAUGUAUGUAUAUUUAAAAUUGUUCAGUUCAAAUUAUUGAAUAUAAUUAAUUUGUUACAAUGUUUAAUAUUUAAAAUAGAUGGUGUUCAAAAUGACAAUUACAAAGUCAAAAAAAUCAAAAGAAUGAUGAAUUUAUUACAAAAAUAUAAUUUUGAUACUAUUCAAUUGGACUAUUUUAUAAAUGAAGUUGGUUUUUUAGAAUAAAUGCUUUUUUUUAGAUUCUAAGUGGAGUGAAAAAGCUUAUAAUAAGAUGGAAUAAGACUCUGAGUAAAAAUGUUGAAAUAAAUUAAAUUUCAACUCGAGUUUACAAAUAAUUAAUAUUUCCUUACAAAAAUAUUACAAGUCCAAUAAUAAAAUUUUCACAAAUAUACUAAGUACAAAUAAUUUAAUUCAAAAAAUAUUCUAAGUCCAAAUUAAAAAAAUUCACAAAAAUAUUACAAGUCCGAAAGAUAUUCAUAUAAAUAUCAUAAACAAAGUGACAAAGUGAUCAGUAAUUUCCCGAAUAUUAGGGUGCUAUUUAGUUUAUUGCAUUUUAAUAUUACCUUGGUUCUCCGUUAUUUUGAUUCGGUUGGCACUCAAAAGCAUUGUCGUUGUUAUAAUCCUUAUUAAAUUCUUAGCCCCCCAACCCACCCCCGGUUUUGGUUGUGUUCUGUGGAAUGGUCCCUUUUUUUUUUAAUAAUUCAAUUUUACUACGGGUUCACGCCCGUAUACCUGUAAUGGCAUGUGGGCACAUAACUCAACUUAACUCCGCUCAGAAUCGUUUUUCGUUAACAAUGGUUUAUUGUUACUUACAUGUAUACAUUAAAUUAUCUGUAACAGUGGCUGCACCCUUGCUCAUUAUCCUAAGACUUCUUUUUUUUAAGUACCUUUUUUGCUCCACUGAUUGGCUACUUAUAUAAUAUUUAUUUAUUUAUUUAUUUAUUUAUUAUUUAUAAUACAAUAUUGUUUCAUUUACUAAGCCUUCAGUUGUGCAUGGCACUGUGUUUAGAGGGAAUAUUAGUAGUCACAGUCUACAGUUCCUGUAUUGUAUCUCCAUUUAUACAGGUUUCUCUUUGUUCAGGUAACUCCUAAUCUUAAUCUAUUCAGUGUUUUCCAUGUGUUCAAUUUGUUGCUUAAUCUACGUGGGAGUUGUUCUUUUAGUCUUAUUUUGAAGUUUUUACAUCGCUGGCCAUGCUUUUUAUAUCAGGAAGAGGGUACUAUUCUAGCUAAAACUUGAACCAAAGGUAUAAGUGUGGGUUAUGGACAUCCCGUAAUUAGGCGGCAUGCCCCUUUUAAGGCCACAUCCUCUUUUUUUGCAUGAUAUGAUCUACUCCAUACUGGACAUGCAUACUCUCCAGCUGAAAAACAUAGACCAAGGGCUGUAGUUUGUAGCAGCUGCGGGUUGGCUCCCCGUAUUGUUUAGGUUAAUUUCCUUAAUAGGUUGUUUCUUUCUGCAAUUUUCAUUUUAAUUUUGUCACAAUUACUCAUAUAUGUUAAUUCAUAAUUAAUAAAUAAUUACUAAAGUAUUUAUUUAUUUUAUUAAUAUAGUAAUAUAAUAGUAGUAUUGAAAUAUAUAUUUAAAAUUAAAAUUGUAUGUAUUUAUUUAAAUACAUUAUUUUUAAUUUGUAUUAAUAAACAAUAUUAAGAUAUAUUACAAUAUAGGUAUGUUUUCUGAAUAAAGUAUUCAAAAUGUAACAUUUACAUUAAUUAUCUACCUUAUAUUUUAAAUAUAGAUAAAUGCAUUAGAUGAAAGUUGGGAUGAAGAAUUACGCCGGCAGUUAUAUGAAUGUUUAUAUUUGUGUUAUGGUUAUGCCUUUGAAAAUAAAAAUUUGAAAGUUCGAGUUCCCAGAGAAAUUACAAAUUUUAUUAAAACCAUAGUUAUAUCAUUUGUUGCUCAAGAUGUAAACAUGGGUGUGUAUUUUUAAAUAAAAAGCCAGUACAUUGUGUGAUUAGAAAAUUAUAAUUUUUUAACUUUUUUCAUUAUCUAAAAAUAUUUUAUGGUUCAUUCAAAAUUUAAUUUAAUAUUUGUAACUAAAAUGUAUUUUAUUGUAGACAAAUUUAAAAAGAAAAAAACUUUUUUGAUUCCGGAUAAUUUAUCACAAUAUUAUCAAUUCCUCAAGGAAAAGUUCCCAUUGGAUUUUAGCUUCAAUUCAGUGCCUACUAUCAAAUUGAUGGUGAUUCAACUAAGGAAAUGGAUACAUUAUAUAGAACAAAAAUCUUUUUAUCCAUCAAAAAUAUUUCAUAGUUUAAGAUGUCCCACAAUACUUAACAUUGAUUGGACCGUAAUAAUGUUGCCCAGUGACAAUUAUAUCAAUGUAAUAUUUUAUUAACAUAUGAAUAAAUAUUUUAUACUUUGUUAUUCAAGAUAUGUUUAACCACUUAUGUUGUACAAUUUUUUUUAUUUUAGGAUUCUUCAAAAGCAGUCAGAAUACACAAUUUGGGUGGUUAUAUAUAUUUGAAAGACAAAUCUGGAGCUGUUGUCAAACAAUUAAGUAUUCGUGGAACUGAUGGUUUAAUAUACACCUAUCAUAUUUCCAAAGGAAAAAGUAUUGACUCUGAAGAAAGAAUUUUUCAAUUAUUCCACAUAGCAAAUAGUUAUUUACAGGAUUAUAAAGUAAUUUGUAAUGUUAUUUAUUCAUAAGUAUGUUUUUUAAAAAAAAAUUACAAUUUGCAUUACUUCAGGAAACAGCUAAACGAUUUUUGAAAUUUUCUAUACCAAGAACUUUUACAGUUACACCUUAUUUGCGUAUGGUAGAAAAUAGUAGUUCAGUGACUUCACUUAUGGAAAUUUAUGAAAAAAUGACUAAAUCACAUUUCAUUGGCGAGGAUAUUAACUUUUGGUUUUCAGUAUUAGAUACAUGCAUAAUUGUAUGUUAAUCAUUCUAUUAUUUUACCCUUAGUUAACUGUAACCUUUUUUUUUAAAAUGUAUAUUAUAGACUGAGAGAUCUAAUCCUUUAAAAGAAGCAUUCCUUGCAACAUCUAUAAAAUAUGGUUCAGAUAAAGUGCUAAAGAAUUGGGUUUUAUUAAGAUAUCCAUUGCACUCUGAUUAUUAUAUAUUUCGUAAAACUGUAAGUUGUUUUUUACAAUUGUGAACCUACUUAUUUAUGACCUAUGUAAUUAACAAUUUUAUAGAAAUUUAAAACAAUUUAUAAUAAAUAUUAUUUUUAGUUUAUUGAACAUUAUACACUGCUUUGUUUCUUUGAGUAUGCAUUCAAUCUGAUUAAAUUAAAGCCUGAAAUGCUGAAUAUAGAUGAAAACAAUGGUUCAGUUAUUGCUCUGUAUUAUAAAUUUUCUAUAAGUGAAGUUCAUGGUAAGUAUUUUAUAUUUAUUUUUAAAAAAAAUUAUUUAUUUAUUUGUUAUUUAAUUUAUGGAAUAGUUUACAAAUAAUAAAAUGUUUACAGGAGACUUGUUUCAAAGUCAUGUCAUACCUUUUCGAUUUACACCAAACAUAGCAUCAUUUAUUACACCAUAUCGAAAACAUCAAUUAGUUAAUAUUUUAACUACAACUGGUCGAUGUUUAACUGGCAGUCGUAAUGAUAUUAAUGUUGUAUUAAAAUUGUUGUUGAAGGAUGAAUUCAAUGUAAGUAAUUCAUAAUUAAUUAAAUAUGAAUGGAUAUAUAUACUCUGUCUCAUGAGAGCACGGAAACCAGAAUUCAACCCACUCCUUACUUGGAUGUAUGUGAACAGGCAAAAAUAGUGGGAUAUGCGCAUGAAAAACAUGUAUCUUCUCUCAUGAGACAGAGUAUAGUUAAUAAAUGAUAAUAAUCAUAAAAACCUGAAAUUUUCACCCAAUAAAAUAUAAUAACUUAUCUUUAUAAUAUUAAUUAUAGAUUAAAUUCAUUUAAACAAUCACAUUUAAAUAAUAUAACUGAUUUGUUACUAAAACCACAAUAAUAAUUAAAAAUUAGUUAACUUAAUAAUAAUAAAUUUGUUAUCUGUAAUUAAUUUUGUUAUAGAAAAAGGAAAAGAACAAAAACCUCAAAAACCAGCAUAUUGAUGAAGUAGUUAAUAGAAACUUGAGUUAUGUAAUGAAAAAUUUUGAUAAAAUCAAACAUCUUUCAACAACCAAUCCGGUAAUGAACUGUUAAAGAAACACUAUACCAGCAUUAACUGUCUCAGUCUAACAGAUUUAAUGGUAUAAUAAAAAAAUAUGCACUAUUUUAGAACAUAAAUUGUGGCCUUUAGGUUGAA